AUGAACAUCUGCAGUAAGCCACCUAACAAGACAGCCCCAGAGAAGACUUCUGAAACAACUUUUGAAGUUCAGUCUCAGCAUGCCAGGAGAAAUGGCUGGAGUUGGCCCCCUCACCCCUUCCAGUUCAUUGCCUGGUUGCUCUUCUUCUUCUUUGCCCUGGUUGGUUUUGGCAUCCUUGUGCCUCUCCUGCCCGUUCACUGGGUACCCGCUGGGUACAUCUGUCCCGGAGUCUUCUUUCUCUGCCAUCUAGCAGUUCACCUUACAGCAGUCUCCAUUGACCCGGCCGAUGACAGUGUGCGAAAGAAGAAUUAUCAGGGGCCACUGACCGCGUUCAAUCGCAGCCAGCAUGCUCAUGUCAUUGAAAAUCGCCACUGUCACAUCUGUGAUGUUGAUGUGAGCUCCAGAUCAAAACAUUGUGGGUCCUGUAACAAAUGCGUAUGUGGCUUUGAUCAUCACUGCAUGUGGCUCAACAACUGUGUGGGAGAGAGAAAUUAUUGGCUGUUUCUGAACAGUGUAAUAUCUGCCAUCCUGGGCCUUCUCCUAAUCCUGCUUGUUGCUUUCUAUGUCUUUGUUCAAUUCUUCCUCGAUCCCAUGAAGUUACGCACUGGACGUCCCUUUGAAGGCUUGAAGAACCAAACAGAUGUCUGGUUUGUGUUCCUUCCUGUUGCUCCAAUCAAGACAAAAGCACCUGCCAUUUUGACUUUGGCUGGUCUACUGAUAACUCUGGGGUUACUGACUCUGUUCCUGUUGGGCCACCUGUUAGUCUUUCAUAUUUAUCUCAUGUGGCACCGGAUGACCACCUAUGAAUAUAUUGUCCAGCAGCGUCCCCCUCAAGAAAUGAAGGAUCCAGAGAAGCAGCCGGAAUUCUACCCUCCCCCACCAAGGCCCAUUCAGGAUAUGCAAUUUUAUGCAGGGAGUCUUGGAUAUACCAACCCUGAGGUGCAGGUGGAGAACUCAUCAGGAUUACCAUCUGGGAGAGACCUACCCAAGUUUUGUAUCCGCAGUGAUGGCAUAGACAGCAAGACCAUGCCCUCUUCUGAACUUCCAGAUUUGCAGUCUGGAGACCAGCGACAGCUUCAGAAGAAGAAGAAGAGGAAGAAGCGGAAGAAGUUGCAGAAGGUUUCCUCCUCUGUGUUGGAAGAAAACUCCAAGGUGAUACUUGCCCCGUGGACCUCUCUUCCAGUUUUACAGUCAGAAUCGUCCAUCGCCACCGCCCCUUCUUCAACCUCCUCAUCUUCCAGCCUCCGCCCCCUGGCACCAGCCGGCCCUCCUAAAGCCGUCGUGCCCACCGGCAGCCCCGGCCCAGUCCAAGCUGCAGGUCCUCCAGCUGAUUAUCACUCCGAGUCAGCAGAGUCCAUGGAGGAGAUCCCUGUGGCUCAGACCCGUCUGGGGAGCAGUGCCAAAAGCGGAGCUUCCAACAGCGGCACUCGGCGUCUUCCUUUUCCCGCAGCCUCCUCGAAGGGCGCAGGGGAGAAGCACCGAAAUGCUGCAGGGCACGGCCCCAAAAGCAGGAACUCUCAGCCAGCCCGGGCCCAGCCAGCCGAAGAGCUGGAACUGUCUCCGAAGGUCCCGGCUGUGUUUGUGAGCAGAAGUAGCGGGGAGCCUCCCGUCCCCAAUCUCUGGUCUGGCGAGACGCCGUCUGAACCUUCUCACAGAAAAUGUUCCAGCAAAAGGCACGUCGACGAUCAGAAGUACCACGUUUGGGAGUCAGGCACCACCAGUUCGACAGCAGCCUAGACGCCUGGUGGCCUAAGAGCUCUAACAGCCGAGAGAGAAGCAAUAGUGUGUGGCCUGCUCACUCUCCCAAAUAUAUUGGUGUUCAUGGAUUGAAUCUCGAGUGAUCUGUCUUGCUCUCUGGAGCAGGCUGGUAUUUUGCUUAUUAUUCAUGCCUUGUCUUCACGGGGAAAACGGGGCAGUUCCUUUCCCGUGGUAGUUCACGAAGAUAAAUCAUUUGCCUCUGG